AUGGAAGGCUAUGGAGGCGGUCAUGGUGGCGGGCUAGGAGGCGAAAUAUACUCUCGCACUUCUGUUGAAAGCGCCAUGGGGGCAUGUGUCUGGCGGGAGGCUCUGGAGGUGGUUUGUGGCGGCUACGGAGGUGGCCGUGGAGGGUAUGUGGUGGUUAGGCAAGGAUUAAAACCAAAUAAUAUACUCUCCCCUUCUGUUGGUAGCAGCCAGGCGGCAUGUGUCCUGCGGAGGUCUGGAGGUGGUUAUGUUGGCGGCUACGGGUGCCGUGGAGUUGGUGUGGUUAUGGUGGAGUCGGGAGGCGGCUAUGGGCGGAUAUGGCGCGGUCGCGGAGGUUAUGGUGGGGCUACGGAGGCGGCUAUGGUGGAGGCUACGGAGGCGGUCCGAGCUAGUGCGGUUAUGCGCGGUCGCGGAGGCGGCUAUGAAAUAUACUCUCGCCAUUCUGUUGAUAGCAGCCAUGGCGGGAUGUGUCCUGGGGGGGAGGCUCUGGAGGUGGUUAUGGUGGCGGCUAAAGGAGGUGGCCUGGAGGCUAUGGUGGAGGCUACGGAGGCGGUCACGGAGGCUAUGGUGGCGGUUAUGGCGGCGGUCGCGGAGGCGGCUAUGAUUGAUGUCAUUGAAAUAGGAAAUAUACUCUCGCACUUCGUGUUGGCAGCCAUGGCGGCAUGUGUCCUGCGGGAGGCUCUGGAGGUGGUUUAUGGUGGCGGUACGGAGGUGGCCGUGGAGGCUAUGGUGGUGGUUAUGGUGGGAGACAUAUCGAUAGAUGAUGCUGAUUAA